GAAAAUGCUGGGGAUCGAAUGGCGAUCCGAAAAAUGGACAAAGUGAAGCGCAAAAGAGCCUCUCAAACAGGAUGCAGGAGUAAUGAUAUCGCUAGCUCAUUGCUUAUAGUGAUAGUCAUGCUCAUUCGAAACUUUGGAAUCUGGGCCGUUAUUGAUCUACCCCUACCAGGACGAUUCUUCGUGAAGUGAGCGGUUCCGCAGACACUACCUCGACUCAAUUUUUUUUUCCGUGUUUCAUCUGUGGCCUUUUAUCUGUGUACACCCACUGAAACGGCACCUCGUGUUUCUACCGCAGUUAGCAGAUCCACAAAGAACACUAGCACUCGCACCCAUGGCGUCUCAGGUCCAGGAUAUGCAACCUUGUUUGCGGCCAUGCAACUGGGCCGAAUUUCGGUCCAAGUAUGGAGUCGAUCCCAUGAAUACGGCGUCGGAACAAGAGCUCAUGCCUCUUGUGCAGCAGCGGGGAAUCGAAGCGAUGAAGCGCUACGACGUUGCCAUGACGCUUUAUUACGGUCUAGAUGUCGUACUCGGAGGAGCCGACUUCCUCGCGAAGAAACUCGCUUCGCAGCAAGGAGAUGGGCCCCUGGAUUUCACGAUCCACCUCGUGGGGUGCGAGAUUGAGCUCAUGUUCCUGAAGGAUAUCAAGAAGUUCGUGAUGGACGAAAUCGAGCGGCAGUGGAGUGCGAGAUUGGGGCGGCAGGUGAAGUUGCAUGUCGUUCUUUUCUGCGCGCCGAACAACGCUGCAAGCAACAUACCCCCCGACGUCGUGCGCGACAUCCUGGCCGGCGACCUACCCCCAGGAGUGAGUGGACAUGAAGCGUUGUGGCAGGAUCUUGUCGGGGGCGGUGGCAGCAGCCGGCUCCCGUUUCCGGACGUCGCCUUCUGUCUGAAUGCGGGUUUCGGAGGGGGUUAUGUCGAGUGGGGUGGCGCGCUCGAGCUGUUUCGGGAUCAGCGCAUUCCUGUGAUUGCGACCGACUACACGGCCUAUUCGGCACUGCGCUCGCUGCAUCUUCUUUCCUCUGCCUACACGUGCGCGAACUACCUGCCGUGCGUUUUGAAUCCCUUUCGCAAACUAAAAGGGCCAACGCCCCCAGACCAGUUUCAUCUCACGGGCGAAAGGGAGCUCGUUUAUCAGAACUACCUCUUCGGCAUCAACUUGCAAUCAACGCCACAGCUGAUCCACACCUAUCGCGACUACAAUUCCCCGGGUGAGCUGCUUCGUGUGCCGAAACCCCCACAAGCAAACGAGGUGGUCAUGUCGUUUUCCUCCGAUUCACGCAAAUGCUUCUUCCACGAGAAAAACAACGAAACUGCAGUCGCCGAAAGCAAAUCUCCUGCCGCCGUGGAAGUGCUACACCUGAAUAGCAAGACGUACAUGAUGGUGCAUGAUUGUAUCUUCGACGCCGAUUCGGGACGAGCAGCGGCGUACUUACUAAGGGGCUUUGAAGCCACCGCUGUGCCGCUCAAAGCAUUGCCGGAUGAUCUGCGACUCAGGUGAGCUUCAUAUGGACUUACUUCCUUUUCAGUAUAUGUUUAGACUGACUGUCAUCGUCAGCGGCAUGAAUGCAAAAUUAAUAGAAGCAAACAAUCAGAAAAACCGAAACUUCGUCAUCUUCUAGGAUUAUCAGGGUUUGCUAAAAAAAAUAUUUCCUACCCCAUCACCGCUGCGCAGGUCUGGCACACUUUGCCGCAUUGUUGGUCUGCAGUCGGAGGACGGAAAGAAGCACAAUAACAGAACCGGGAUGAUUGUAGACUUCCGGGAGGAAAAAGGUCGGUACAUUGUCCACUUUGGUGGCGUAAACGACACCGUUUCCGUGAAGAUUGCGAACAUCGUAGUCUAG